ACUGACAGGAGUGACAGGCAGGCAGCGCGGCACUUUGCAAAAUUUUGCUUUGUUUUGUUUAUUUUUGCGAUUGUGUGUUGUGAUUUACAUUUUACGAAGAAACGAGAGUCAUGUCUACUCCACAAAAAGAGCCUCUGACUCCUAAACCCAAAGAUUUACAUUUACCACUAUCUAGAGUAAAGACUAUAAUGAAAAGUUCCCCUGAUGUGGAAGCCGUUGGGCCUGAACCUCUGUUUUUAGUCACUAAAGUAACGGAAUUAUUUGUAAUGGAUCUGGCAAAAAGAGCUUUCAAAACUGGUAAAGCCAACAUACUGGAGUACAAGAACAUAGCUGAUAUAGUCCAGGAGGAUGACACAUUAGACUUCCUGCGAGAGAUCAUGCCUCGUAAGAUUACCGUGAGACAGUUCAAAGAGAUGAUGGCGAAGAAAGCAGCUCGAGGAGACAACUCCGAUGAUGACUCAAGUGAAGGCAGCGAGGAGGAGUCCAGCGAGGAAGAGAGCAGCAGUGGGAGUGAAGAGGAAGAUGAGAAUGCAGAAACUUAGCUUAUGACUAUAAUAUUGUUAACAUUCCGGUAAAUUUUGAAGCUGAAGUUUAUUAUUCUAUACAAAGGUAGACAAGGUAUUUAAAUUGGAUAAUAGACUGAAAUAUGCCGAAAGCAUCUCAUACAUCGAGCAAAUCAUUCAUUUUUAUUUCAAAAGAUCAAGAUAAGCAGUUUGUAUUGUAUACCAUUUCACUGAAGAAAGCUUUGACCAUCUUAUACCAAAAAUAGCCUAACAUAAUUGAUCUUUAUGAAUGGAUUUGAACAGGCCGCUAAGCGGUAAGUCACUUUUUUUUGUAAAAACUAAAAUUAAAUAUAUUUUUUAAGUAUCCUUGUGCCAAGGCUUGAAGUAUGCCUAUAUGUCCAGUUUCAAAAUUGUUACAGCAUGGAUUUCCUCAAUAAUACAAGUAGCCAUGUACAGUAUUAAAGUAUCAAUGAAUUAUAAUCUAAUUAGGUAUUAUCUAAAAUUGCCUGGUUUACUUGUUGUAUGAAUAUCCAAUAUCUUAUACUUUAGAGAAUACUAAAAUACCUUUUAACUUGUUCUAGAGUCAAAAUAAUGAGCUGUCCUCAGUGUCAUAAGGUGUUGUAACAACAUACCUACAUUAAUUGUAAGCACGAUGAAAUAAAAGUCUGAGUAAGUGUUA